UCAUUUGGUUCUCGUAUACACCGAUGGUUCAGUGGAACGUAUUCCAGACCCGCCCUACGUUCCACCAUCAGCAAACCCAGGUCCAAGAACAGGAGUCUCGUCCAAGGACAUAACCAUAUCUGAAAAUCCCAAAAUUUCCGCUCGUCUCUACCUCCCAAAAACCCAACAACAAGACCAAAAACUCCCAAUCUUGGUCUACUUCCAUGGUGGUGCAUUUUGCCUUGGAUCCGCCUUCACAUUUGUUUAACAUCGUAACAUCAGCCGUUUAGUCUCUGAAGCCAAAGUUGUUGCAAUCUCUGUUGAGUACAGGCUAGCCCCAGAGGACCCUGUCCCUGCAGCUUACGAGGAUUCUUGGGUUGCGCUCAAUUGGGUUGCAGCUCACUCCAGACCCCGGAACGAGCACAAUCAGGAUCCAUGGGUAUCGAAUUAUGGUGAUUUUGAUAGACUUUACAUAGGAGGUGAUAGUGCUGGUGGUAAUAUAGCUCAUAACAUCGCCAUGAGAGCGGGAUCUGAGAAUUUGGAAGGCAAUGUCAAAAUCUUGGGUGCUUUUAUUUCUCAUCCUUUUUUCUGGGGCUCAAAACCAAUUGGGUCGGAAAAUGAUCCUAAUAAACCCAAGCCAUGUGGGUCUUUUGAUUCCCAAACAAUUGGGACAGAACCUGGUGUUGAUCAUGAUAAGACCUUCCCAGCUUUGGUUUGGGACUUUGUGUACCCAUCAGCUCCUGGAGGUCUUGACAAUCCAAUGCUCAAUCCUGAGGGUCUCGGGGCACCGAGCCUGGUGGGGCUUGGGUGUUGGAGGUUGAUGAUCUGUGUGGCUGCGGAAGAUGAACUGAGAGACAGAGGUGUUCGGAACUAUGAAUUAUUGGUGAAGGAGAGUGGUUGGAAAGGUGAAUUGGAGUUCCAUGAAGAUGAGGGAGUGGGUCAUGGAUUUUACGUCAUGGAUCCAGAGACUGUGAAAGCUAAGAACAUGUUCAAGCGAUUGGCUUCGUUUCUCAAGUAGUUUUAAGUGUUGGCAGGAUAAAACUAUGUAUGAGCUUCCCAGUAAUCCAAUAAAUAAGCAUUCUAUUU